GUGACUUGGGGAAACAUUUUCAACUUGUUUAAAUGCUUUGUUUCUUUGUUUUCUUGCCUUAAAAUGUUCUCUUCAGUAUCAUCUUCUGUGAAGCUGUAGCAAUCUAUGGGAUCAUCAUGGCUAUUGUCAUCAGCAACAUGGCUGAGAGCUACAGUGGAACAACCCCAGAAACUAUUGGAGCAAAGAACUACCAAGCUGGUUACUCCAUGUUUGGAGCUGGUUUGACUGUUGGCUUUUCCAACCUCUUCUGUGGCGUCUGCGUGGGCAUUGUGGGCAGCGGUGCAGCGCUGGCAGACGCCCAGAACCCCAGCCUCUUUGUGAAGAUUCUAAUCGUGGAAAUAUUUGGCAGUGCGAUUGGCCUGUUUGGCGUGAUCGUAGCCAUUCUGCAGACAUCGAAAGUAAAGAUGGGAGACUAGAAGACGCACCCACAUGAUAGGAAGAUUCAAAAAUAAAAAAAGACAUUGCAAGAAAAUUAGAUGGAUUAUUGUGUAAAUAUUUCAUAUAUUAUUUAAGUGUCUGUAUUUGACUGGCUUUUGUUUUUAGCCAUCAUUUGCAGAAGAGUGGUACACAGACACACUUUUCAGUGUUGAAUAUGACACCUGGAGGAGGAAGAAAAACAAAUCCCUAGAUGCAUUAUUUUUCAAAGUUGUUUUUUCCCCCCUCUCUCGUGUAUUUCUUGCCAUCUUCUUUUGGCUGUAAGAUUUAACGUGACACUCUAGCCUCCAAAAAAUUUAAAUCAGUGAACAGUAUAAGUGGUGUUUUUUUUUUAGUUUUUUUUUUACGUGGGCUCACUGUCUUUUAUAGCAUCACCUUGUGUUGUUGUUGUUGUUUUUUUUUUCCUCCAGAGUUGUGAAAAUCCUGAUGGGUUUAAUGCAGUUUUUCUGCCAGGAAUGUGAGAAAGUUGAUAUUUAAGAGAAACAAAUGUUUUUGUUUCUUGCCACUCUCUGUGAAUGAUGUUAAAAAUGAGUGUAUGUGUGUGUUCAUUGGAUCCGUGACCCCUCCCCUUGUGAAACGUGAAAAGCUUUGUACUGUAGCCUGGUCUGUCAAGAGUUAUUGUUUUUGUAACAGUUUGCUCAUACACAAGUGGCUUUUGUCCACACAGUACUUCCAAUGCAGCGUUUGUCUGAAUGUAGAAGCAAUCCUUCUGCCCCAAAUUCUCAAACCCCCUCACAGUUUCUUCAGCAGAACCUCGUCUGUUUUUGAUAGCUCUGCAGAAAAACCCAAAUUGCCUAUUUGACAAGAAGAAAACUAGUUGACAAGGCGGGUACUCUACUGUUAAUAGUAGUCUACUAUUAUGACCUGUCGUCCCAACUGUCUUCUACUCGUCUAUAUUGGCUGUCCCUCAUUCAUUCCUUUCUGUAACCUGAUUUUUCCUUUAUCCAAAUGAUUGUCACAAGGAUGAUCUUUCUUUAAAAAUCCAUGAGCAUCUUCUGAUGACGGCUGCCAGCCAGAGCGCCACCUCAGGUCACCACCCAGAAACACGGAAUUAGCCAGAAGAAGCACUUUAUGCAAUACUGUGCACGAGCGUUGGUCAUGUGACUUGGAGCUUAUACACCUUUGGGGUGUUCUUGGGUGACUCUCGGAAUUACAGAAUGGAUAACGUAGUAUUAUUCUUAAUUUACAAAAUUGUUGCUCUAUAAAUGUUUCAGGUUUACUGUUUAAAUCUGUUACAAAUGUAUUCUUGUUUAAACAUUUAUUUAAAAAAUAAAAUAAAAAGCUUAAAUUGUAUAAAGUUGUGUGUUUGUGCAAUUGGAAUGAGACAAACAUUACACUGCAUAGACUAGAAGCACAUUUGAACUUUUUUAUUUUAACUAAUCAUUCCGCAUUGUAUAUUUUACAUUGACAGACCAUGGCUAAUCAUUCCAUAUCUUUAGCUGGAUUUUUGUUCUCUGGUAUCUAAAACUGGCCUUCCAAAGUUGUUAUGCAACAAAAUCAGAUUUGUCUUAGAGGUGCAUUUCUACUUAAACCAGGAUGGCUUUGAUAAACUAAGCUCUGUAUGAAACUCUAGGCAUCAAUGACUGUAGUUGAUACCAUGUGUGAUGUAGUGAAGUGAUUAAAAAACAAGUUUUUUUUGGAAAUUGUGUAUGACACUCAUCUUUCUGACUUCAUAAAUGUCCUCAGAAAUAAUAAAUAAUUCCAUCC